AAGGAUUUUUUAGGCACGGGAGAGGAUCUGAGUGGGUGCAGUUUGGAGGAGUCUCAGCUGGACAAUGCUAUGGAUACAAUCUGGCAGUACCAGUUUCGGAUUAUCUUGCUGGGAGAUUCCACUGUGGGAAAAUCCUCCCUUCUCAAGCGUUUCACUGACGGCACUUUCAGUGAGCUGCAGGACCCCACGGUGGGGGUGGACUUUUACGCCCGGGUUUUGGAGGUAGAGCCGGGUUGUAGGAUCAAACUGCAGCUGUGGGACACCGCCGGCCAGGAACGCUUCAGAUCAAUUACCCGAUCCUACUACAGGAAUUCUGUUGGGGGUCUGCUGAUGUUUGACGUGACCAAUCGGAAGUCAUUCGAGAGUAUCCGGGAAUGGCUGAGGGAGGUCAACAAUCACGUGUAUCCCAACAAGACCAUUUUCGUUCUGGUCGGGCAUAAAAGUGACUUAACGGACGACCGUAAGGUUUCCCGUGAAGAGGCUGAGAAGUUGGCAGAGGCACUGGAUCUGAAUUACAUAGAGACUUCAGCCAAAAAUAACACCAACGUUGACCAAGCCUUUAUAAAAUUGACAGAAUGUAUUUACGAUUCGAUGAAAGUUGGGGAGAUUGCACUGGAGGAUGGUUGGGAUGGAGUUAAACGAGGAUUUAAUCCACGGAUGUUAGAGUCACCAAAAGAGGAGAAGCAGAAUGAUUGUAAUUGCUAACUUGGUUUUUGGGUGUAAUUAAUGAGUCACUAUGUUAAAAGAUGCAAUUGCACCUUAUUAAUUCCCCCACCUAGUUAUAAGAUGUGGGAUUAACUGAGCAAGCAGUUUUAGAAAGCCAGCAAUCAUUAAUCACCAACUUGUUAAUAAAGGGUGGGUGGAGUGGAGGUGCAAAUUCCAGAAGCAGGAAUCAUUCUGUAGAGAAGGGAGUUAGCUAGUGCAUCCUUUUGAUAUCCAACAGAAUUUUGAAAGAAGCUGCAAACCUGGUUUUGGUGGUCGUAGGCUUGCUUGUUUCAGGUUUAACGAUAGCAGCUUGGUUUUCUACUCUGAUAUACCCACGAAGCUCAACAUUGAAUUUUUAGGAUAUCUGCUCUCUUUGCAUGUGGCCUGAUGUUGAUAUAUUUCCACGUCGAUAUGUUGUACAGGUGUGAAGAGGUAAGAGUUUAGCACAAUUACAAAAGCACAGAUUAAAGGCUGUAAGUGUUCCACUUUAGCCCUUGAAAGGGACAACAAUGCAAUAAUUGAUUCAAUCUAUGUAACCUGUCCAUUUGAUUCAUUAUUAAAAAAUAUAAAACCUAUUAUAUUCAAUAAUAUUAAAGAGAUACCACAAUCUCUCUCAAAA